UCCCGGCAGAAGAUGGCGGCCGCCGGCCGGCCCGGGCCCUGAGCAGCGCCGCGCCCGCUCCGCCCGCGGGGCCGAGGCCGCCGGGGGGCAGCGCCCGGCCCGGGCCGCACGGAAUCUGACCUGGAAGAAGCCAGCCAUGAAAGGUCACGGGAAUUUGUACUGCCUGUCUCCACAAUUACUAGCAAGUGCAUUCCUGCUGGACCAUCGAUUUGAGAAGAAGUUCAUAUAGAACUGCAGUCUGAAGAAGAGGAGACCUUUAAAACUUGCCACCAGAAACAGAAUUCAGCCACCCCUGGGGUUUUUGACACCUCCAGUACCAACUUAGACCUGCAGCGUGAAGAUAAAGAUUUAGAGCGCCGUUCCUCUGAACGCUCAGAGGAACCUCAAGGAGGGAGAAGCAAGGAUGAUGCAAGCAUCAUUCUUAUUAAUGCUUUUGGGGAGGAGGACCUGGAACCCAUCUCUAGAGAUGCUUUGACUUACAGGAGAAAGCAAUUCAAUGCCUCUUUCCAGGAUGCAAAUACCCAUUUUGAAAACCUGUGAGCUUUGUUAAGAAGAUCCACCAAGACAGCUGUCCAAUGUUCAACAUAACUGCAAUGCUGAAAGCAGGAGCAAUCUCUGCAAAGUUACGCAGUGAUGCUGGAGAGUGAUGAUGACUGCAGGAAGCACCGCACCGGGAGGACUGUAAGAAGAGCUGAGAAUGAGAUGGACUUACCGUGAAAGACUUGACUCUCUUGGCAUACGCAUCAUCAACGAGCUGCAGGUGAACGCAGUGUACACAUCAGAGGAUGGAUUUGAAGGUGGACUGGGGCUCUGAGAGUAACACUUGUGACACAAGUGAGAAGCAGUCAAAUUAUUCCAGAAAGACCACUGAGGAGGUGGGCCACAAACCUAACCUUCAGGAGGAGGUAGACAUGAAUUACUCAGAGACGUCCAGUCCUUGUUGCAACUCUGCUGGACUGCCAGGUAAGCAGGAGCUUCCAACAGAGUUGCAGAGUGAAGACAAGGAAACCUAUGAGACCUGCUACCAGAAACGAGGUGAGAGCACAGCUGGGAUAUUUGUCCCCUCCAGUACCAACUUUGACCUGCAGUGUGAAGAUAAAGAUGCAGAGCGCUGUUCCUCCGAGCGCUCCAAGAAGCCACGGAGAAGAGCGCGUGGUGAUAAUGAAAAUACCAUUCUUGGUGGUGUGUUUGAUGAGGAUGUGGAACCCAUCUCUGGAGAAGCUUUGCCAUAUCGGUGCAAGAAGUGUGGUGCCUCUUUCCAGGGUACGAGCGAGCUGCAGGAACAUAAGCAAACUCACCUCGUGGAAAACUCCUAUCGUUGUCCUGUCUGUGCCAAAGAGUUCUUCCGCGCAGCCAAUUUGCGAAUGCACAAGCUGAUCCAUUCUAGUGACAGGCCGCACAAAUGUCCGGAGUGCGACAAGGGUUUCAUUCGCACGGCUGAUGUCUGGAGGCAUCUACGCAACGUGCACAAGAUAGAGCGCUCCAUGGUGAUUUUGGGAAAUGGCAUGGCUAGGAACCCCUGGUCGAUUGUGCACCGUAACCAGCAGACUGUUGAGUACACCGACCAGCCUUGUGCAGAGAACCACAAGGCUGAGGAAGAAGACUGUAAGCCUUAUGCCUGUCCGACGUGCGGCAAAGGUUUCGAUAAGCCUAACCUGCUUUCCAAACACAAGGUGAUCCACCGGCAAGAGAAGCCCUAUAAGUGUCAGGAAUGUGGCAUGGCGUUUGUGCAGCUGCUCAGACUGAAAAGACACCAGCAGACUCACUCCGGGGAGCGCCCCUUCUACUGCGAGGAGUGCGGAGGGACGUUCACCCGGCUGGCAUCGCUCCAGCGCCACCAGCGCAUCCACACCGGGGAAAAACCCUACUCCUGCGACUACUGUGGUCACUCCUUCACUGAGUCAGGUACCCUCCGGAGGCACGAGCGCACGCACAAACUGGACAAAUCGUAAUUCUUAGUUCGUUUGUGGCUGCGGUCUCCUUUGGUUGCUUCUUAACCUGAACGAGGCCUGUUAAAGAGGCCUGGGGAAAGCACUCCACUGCAUGCACUACAGCCAGUCUGGACCCACUUGAGCGAGGAGCUCAGGAACUUGUGCUGGUAGAGCUUGCACUUACUGGCUUUAAACUGUCUUUGCGUGAAUAAAUAGCUAAAUUACCACUGAGUAACAAAAUGUGAGACUUGUGAAGACUGAAAUAGCUCACAUGUGCUGGCACUGUGUCACCACUGUGAAUCGGAGAUGCGUCUGCUUGAGCUUUUUGCAAGGAUGCAUGGGCUAUGAAACUUCUCUCUGCAGUCUUGGUCACUGGACAGAUUGGCCCUGCCCUCUCGAGUGUGAUGGCUCCUUGGCACUGGGUCUGGAGAUCUGUUGUUGCAGGUCUUUGCUAAGCUGUAAGAGUCCAUGAUUGUCCUUGCAUCCUCCUUGCAUUCUGCGGAAUUUUUCUUUCCAUUAUGUAUUUUUAUUUGGAGGGGAAGUAUCAUGUUGGUUAUUUUUAAAAAAACAAACAAAAAACCUACCCACAAAACAGUUCCUUAAUAAACUAAACACUUAUCAGCUGUA